GGGAACGGCACUGUACGCGUCACGCGUGUAGUUCUUAUUUUGAUAAUUACCCUUGAGUGUCCCUCUACCUGUGACCCAUUUCCACUUAUUUUUCUAACCCAAAGUAUCUUAGUGUCACCAUACAAAAUGGGCUUUUCUCUGUCUAAAUCCAUGGAUGCAAACCUGACAAAGCAGCAAGAGUUCAUGCUUCAUAAUUCAAGAUUGCAGUUGGAGCGUCAGAUCCUGAUGCAGAACCAGAUGAGGGAGAGGCAGAUGGCGAUGCAGAUCGCCUGGUCCAGAGAGUUUCUCAAAUACUACGGCUCGUUCUUUGCCGUGGCCACACUGGGACUAACAGCAGGUGCCGUUAAAAGAAAGAAACCAGGCAUGCUGCUUCCCAUUAUUCCUCUUGGUUUUGUAUUGGCCUACCAGAUGGACAGCGCCUAUGGAACAAUGAUUUUUCGUAUGAGAGAGGAGGCUGAGAGCAUCAUGGCGUCUGAGCAGAACCGUCUGGACUUACCGCAUGGCGCCCCGACCUUUGACAGCAUAGAGAAGGCCCGGCGCGCUAAAAGCAGCCUCAUCUCCUUCCUGGAGAAGUGACGCAUCGUUUGUGACACGAGUCAAAGUCUGAGCCGUCCGCUCGGUGCGUUCACCUGUGCUGCUUCUGUUUUGAGGUGGGCGACAGCUGUCAGAUACGAUCAGACUUUUUAAGGCUUGUUAGAAUCUGCAGUUUGAGCUCGAUCUACAGAACGGCCCGGGUAUGAAAUUAGCAGCUGUUUCAGUGAAAUAACUGGCGCCAUUGUUUUUUUUUUUUUAUUAGACCCGGUUGGAUUUUUAGAGCAGAUUGAGUCAUGGAUGUGUUAAUUAUUUAUUGAUACAUUUACAUGUCUGUGGUAUGUCGUGUUGAGAAUCUGAAGCUGCACUGAGUAGAUGAAGACAACUAGAAAGACUCAAUAACACAUCAGUUAUCCUACAAAUUGCUCAUUAUUUAUUGCUGUUUAAAUGUGUCCAUUUUCAGGAUAAGAUCACUUUUAGUCUAAAACUGACAUGAAAGGUGAUGGACGAUAUGCAUUCCUUAAAGAAAUGUUCAGCCUUUUUACUCUUCUGCCUUUAGCUCAGUUUUUGGGUCAGCUGGACUUAGUUUUGCCACCGAGCUUCUUUUUGGAUUUGCAUGUAGUGUUUUUUCUAGGGAUGCACGAUAUUAUCAGCAUGGUAUCAGUAUCGGCCGAU